AUGGCCCUUCGUCUUCCAGCUCACCUCGAGUCCAUAGUGCCUCCCCCAGCGGCCCAGAUUUCGCAGUCGAAGCCAUGGCGGGGGACGUUCACCAUUGCGUCUGAUCCGUCCAACCCGACAGUAAUAUAUGUCAGCGCUGCGGAGACCGACGGAGACAAUCGUGCGGACCUUUGGCCCACCAAUUUCUUCGUGCACAACACCGACCGAGUGGCACUCUCUGAAGUCACCUCUUGGGUUCAGCGACACACGCCAUCGCUCUGCAUGUUCAUGCCAGAUCGCCUGGACUAUGCCAACGAUAACAGGGCCAAUGAGGCCACUUUCCGAUCGUUCUCCCGGAUGUUGGCGCAAAAUCAGAUGGUCGCCUAUGCGCCAUGGAACUCCCCGAGGCUGCCUGGUGCUGGUAUCCUGAUAUAUCCAAACCCCUCGUCGAGCGCACUGCUCGUCGGGGCAAUUUUCUUGAACUCGGCUUUCCCAGACUUCCUAGGGAUCCCAACCUCCCCUGCGGCUAUGUACAGGCAGCCAGUGGGCUACCAAAACCAGUAUCAGAAUGGACAGAAUGGCGAAGGGAGUAAUGGAUAUUACCAGUACAUGUAG